AUGACAUCUACAGAUUCUACAUCAUUAGCGAAAUUUCUUAAAAAGGAAAAAGAUCAAAAGGUUAUCAGUUUUGCGGAACACAAUCUAAAAGGUGUACCAAUUGGUAAUGACAGUUGGCAAAGAAUGGUUUCUGGAAUGUUAUAUAAUCCUGGAGAUGAAACAUUAAAAUUAGCAAGAUUAAAAGUUCGAGAUUAUCAAUUAGAUUAUGAAAAAUUUAGAUUCCGAGAUUAUACUGUUCCCAAAGAAUAUUCAGCUGCUAAACGAGAAUAUUUAAGAAAAUUCAUUGGUCAUGUUGGAGAUGGUACAUUUAUGGAACAUCCAAUUUAUUUUGAUUAUGGAUUUAAUACAUAUUUGGGUGAAAAUUUUUAUAGUAAUUAUAAUUUAACAAUAUUAGACUGUUCAAUAGUUAAAAUUGGAGAUAAUGUUAUAUGUGGAACCAAUGUUUCGAUUUUAACUCCAUUACAUCCUAUUGAACCUUAUUUAAGAUUAACUGAAGAUGAAGAUAUUUUAGAAAGUGCAAAACCAAUAACAAUUGGUAAUAAUUGUUGGUUAUGUUCUGGAUGUUCUAUUACUGCUAACAUUGGUAAUAAUUGUGUUAUUGGUGCUAAUUCUGUAGUUUCAAAGGAUGUUCCGGAUAAUUCUUUAUUUUUGGGGAAUAAAGUUGUAAGGACUUUGAAAGAAACUGAUACAAAGGAAAACAUAGAAAGACUUUUGAGAGAAUAUGGGUAUUAUGAUUCAAAGUAA